GCUGGAGGCGGCGCCGGGCCGGGCGGGGGGAAGGAGGAGGAGGAGGAGGAGGGCGAGAGCAGAGCGCUCAGCGGAUUAGCCGUGUCCUCUCCCCGCCGCUUUCGCAUCGCAGAGAAGGGCUCGCUCUCUUCGUUUGUCUUUCCUCCGGGGCCGACUUCCCCUCGUUCGCUUCCUCCUCCCCCUCCCCGGGCCGGCGGAGCGGGCCCAGCCGGUUGCCUGACUAAGAAGGCGGCUGCUGCUGCUGCUGCUGCUGCUUCUUCUUCUUUUUCUUUUUCUUCUUCUUCCCCUCGCCUGUGUGUGUUUCUCUGUGUGUGCUUCGCCCCCCUUCCCACCUCGGAUCGACCCGGAGGAUCCCGAAAGGAAGCUCGGUCCAGAAAUAAUGCAAAAAGAGGCCCAAGGCUCUUGAUCAAUAAACAGAGAUUUUGAGAUCUACAAACCAAGCUCAUGUUUUCUCCUGAUCAAGAAAAUCAUCCUUCAAAAGCACCAGUAAAGUAUGGUGAACUGAUUGUCUUAGGGUAUAAUGGCUCUCUGCCAAAUGGUGAUAGAGGAAGGAGGAAAAGUAGGUUUGCUUUGUUUAAAAGACCCAAGGCAAAUGGGGUGAAGCCCAGCACGGUGCAUAUCGCUUGCACGCCUCAAGCCGCAAAGGCAAUAAGCAACAAGGACCAGCAUAGCAUAUCAUAUACCCUGUCUCGAGCCCAAACGGUGGUGGUUGAAUAUACUCAUGACAGCAACACUGAUAUGUUUCAGAUUGGCCGGUCAACAGAAAGCCCAAUUGAUUUUGUGGUAACCGAUACAGUUCCUGGAAGUCAGAGUAAUUCCGAUACCCAGUCCGUGCAGAGCACCAUAUCAAGGUUUGCAUGUAGAAUCAUAUGUGAACGGAAUCCUCCUUUCACAGCAAGGAUUUAUGCUGCAGGAUUUGAUUCCUCAAAGAACAUCUUCCUUGGGGAGAAGGCUGCCAAGUGGAAGACAUCAGAUGGGCAGAUGGAUGGCUUGACCACAAAUGGAGUUCUCGUUAUGCAUCCCCGCAACGGAUUUACGGAAGACUCCAAACCGGGGGUGUGGAGGGAGAUAUCUGUGUGUGGAAAUGUAUUCAGCUUGCGUGAAACCAGAUCAGCUCAACAGAGAGGAAAAAUGGUUGAAAUGGAAACAAAUCAGUUACAGGACGGCUCAUUAAUCGACCUGUGUGGUGCAACACUUCUCUGGCGUACCGCAGAAGGCCUCUCCCACACCCCUACAGUGAAGCAUUUAGAAGCUUUAAGGCAGGAGAUCAAUGCGGCUCGGCCUCAGUGCCCCGUAGGGUUUAACACCCUGGCGUUUCCCAGUAUGAAGAGGAAAGACGUCGUCGACGAGAAGCAACCGUGGGUGUAUCUGAACUGUGGUCACGUCCACGGGUAUCACAACUGGGGCAACAAAGAAGAGAGAGAUGGGAAGGAUCGGGAAUGUCCCAUGUGCCGGUCCGUGGGCCCCUACGUUCCUCUGUGGCUCGGAUGCGAAGCCGGAUUUUACGUGGAUGCAGGACCUCCAACCCAUGCGUUCAGCCCAUGCGGGCAUGUGUGUUCAGAAAAGACAACUGCCUAUUGGUCCCAGAUCCCUCUUCCUCAUGGUACUCAUACGUUUCACGCAGCCUGCCCGUUUUGUGCACAUCAGCUGUCGGGCGAACAGGGCUACAUCAGACUGAUUUUCCAAGGACCUCUAGACUAACUCACGCAGUUGCCCUCCCAGGACUGCAUUAAAUCUAUAAGCUAAGCGAUUUUGUUUUCCAAACCAAUUGUCUACUUCAGGAUUUGGGAGAUUUGGUCAUUUGCAUUAAGAUGAAGAAUUUUUUUUAAAUGUUUGUAAUAGCUGCAGGAAUUCCUCAGUAAACAUCGGGAAAAAUCAAGCAAGGAAUCUGGGAAAAAAAUCAAGACCUCUGUAUUUUGUGUUCGAGUAUGUGUUUGAGGAGAGGAUGACAGUCAAAUUUAAUGCCUUCCUUUCAGUGUUUUUGAAUGAUGUCCUCAGUGUUGAAGAGGUGUCUUGUACAACUGAGGUAAAUACUGUUAGUUCAAACUAUGUUAGUUUACAGUUUGGAUGCAAACAUUGUUAAAUACAGCAACAUGUAUAUUGACUCCUUUUUCUAUUUAUCUUUAUUAUAGAAAAUUACCGUAGAUUUUUUUGAUAGAGUGAAAUAGUUGGGGUGAUGUCACAUCCACGGUGUGAAUGCGUAGAGUAGCAUAGGGUGGGGGUUUGCAGAGUUAGGAAGGAAAGAUAGAAGACCUUUUUUUAAACUAAAAUAUAAAAUGUUAGAUCAGCAAAAUGCUUUUAAAACUGAGUUCAUGCAAAUUGCAUUGGUUUAAGAUUUGUUUCAACCACAGUAAAGAUGAUCAGGAACAGUUAAAAUGUUUCUCUAGAGGUAACACUAUGGAAAAACGUAUCACUAAGAAACAUUUUAUAUUCUACUUUGAAUAUGCAAUUUAAUCUAGAUUAUAUAUUUUUCUCCCUUAGUAAUUAAUAGGGUUUAUAUUUUAGACACAAACUGUUCACUGUUUCCAAAACACACAGAUUAUUCCGAAAGAAUGGCUUGGGAUUUUUAGGGAAGAAAAAUUAAAAAAAAGAAACUUGGAAAUUUGGGUAUUCUACAGUGAUAUUUGAUCAAUUAUUGAAGAAUCUGGAGAAACCAGGGGCUGGACGAUGCAGUGCACUUGUCAUUUAUCUCAAGAUCUGGAGAUAGGUCAUAAGAAAAAUUAAUGAAAAAUUGAGUUUAAUGAUUUGCUCAAGUGCUGGAAUUUCCAGAGAGUGGUAAUCACUAGAAAACUCAAGCAUGGUGGUAGAGCUGGGGAUAAGGAGAAUUUGCAUAAAAUCUGCACACACUCUACUUGAUCCUAACCAGAUCUUAAAAGUAUCUUUCUUAAGGCAUCACAAAAUCUGCCCUGCUUUUUUCAGUACACUCUUGAAAAAGUGGACAGCUACACUAUGUCAAACAAUCUCUUGCGGCACCUGUACAAAUCAGUAGCAAACCUUAGGUUAAGUCGAGUGGUUUUUUUGUUGGAAUUUAUUACUUUUCCUUAGUUUGAAAUUGUGUACAAUACAGACUGACAGUAAAAACUUCCUGUACCUUGUAGCGUAGCUUUAAUUUAUCCUAUUUCAAAGUUGUCCUGAAUUUUCUCUUUAUAGAAAGACAUUGUGUUGCUUAGAAGCCAUGAAUUAUUUUCUUCAGCAGUCAAAUUUUCUUCAUUUUGAAAACAAUUGUUUGGUCACUCAGGAAAUGCAUGUCAGGAAACUUGUAUGAUAAACUCAUUAGUCGUUAUGUGUAACUGCUGUUACUCCCUUUUCAAAGAAAUAUCACCAAUUUUUAAAAUUUAAGAUUGCUGCAACAAGAAAAUCAACCCCUGUAUUGUAUCUGUUCUAAUCAUUUAUAUUCAGACUAUAUACUGUAGCUCAUUUUUAUUUGCAAAUUAAUUUAUUCAGACUGUAAGUAAACACUUUUCAAAAUAGAAAUUA